ACAGCGCUGAGCGGGAGGAAGGCGGCUGGCGCCAUCUUGGCUGUUUUAAUGAGUACAACAGGGGAGAAUUUGCUGGGAAAAAUUACCUAAUCGUUGUGAUUUCACUCUAAGAGGGCCACUGUCGGUGAGCCAUAUCACAGUUGGGAGUGUUUGAACCAGGAGAACCGGGGCAAUGUUCUACGCCCACUUUGUCCUCAGCAAACGUGGGCCGCUGGCCAAGAUCUGGCUGGCGGCUCAUUGGGACAAAAAGCUGACCAAGGCCCACGUGUUUGAGUGUAACCUGGAGAGCAGCGUGGAGAGCAUCAUCUCACCCAAGGUCAAGAUGGCGUUGCGAACAUCUGGCCACUUGCUCCUUGGGGUGGUGAGAAUCUACCACAGGAAGGCCAAAUACCUGCUGGCUGACUGUAACGAGGCCUUCAUCAAGAUCAAGAUGGCCUUCAGACCAGGUGUGGUGGAUCUACCUGAGGAAAACAGAGAAGCUGCAUACAACGCCAUCACUUUACCUGAGGAGUUCCAUGAUUUUGACCAACCACUACCUGACCUGGAUGACAUAGAUGUGGCUCAGCAGUUCACUUUGAACCAGAGCAGAGUAGAAGAGAUCACCAUGAGGGAAGAUGUUGGAAACCUCAACCUCCUGCAAGACAAUGACUUUGCUGAUUUUGGUAUGGAUGACCGUGAAAUGAUGCGUGACGCCAGCACAUUUGAAGAUGACAUCAUUCACGGUGGCACCGCUCCUAACCUCCUGCUCGAGGCGGAGCCUGGUCCAGCUAACCUCCCCGACAAGUCCAACCACAUGGAGUAUGAUGACUUCGGUGACGGCUCCAUGGGCAACAGUGAUGGGGGGAUGCUGGUUGACAAGUUGCUGAGUUCUGAAGACGGAGGCGGCAUCUUUGAUGAUCCCCCAGCUAUCACUGAAAGCGUCAUGAUGCCUCCAGAUCACGGCGACGACGAGGACGACUUCGACACCCUUCAGUCACCGGGCCCAGACAGUCCAGACUCCGGUCCAGCUGAACCACUGCCAGCCAUGGCUGACCAAACAGAGCAGACCACUCUUGUUCACAAUGAAGAGGAGGCUUUCGCCCUGGAGCCCAUCGACAUCACUGUGAAAGAGACCAAGGCAAAGCGUAAGAGGAAGCUGAUUGUGGACAGUGUGAAGGAGCUGGACAGUAAAACCAUCAGAGCCCAGCUGUCUGACUACUCUGAUAUCGUGACCACUCUGGACCUGGCUCCUCCCACCAAGAAGCUCAUGAUGUGGAAAGAGACUGGAGGGGUGGAGAAGCUCUUCUCUCUACCUGCUCAGCCCCUCUGGAAUGCCAGGCUACUGAAGAUGUUCACACGGUGUCUGACGCCUCUGGUGCCAGACGAGCUGAGGAAAAGGAGAAAGGGUGGAGAAGCAGACAGUCUGGAUGAGUUCCUUAAAGAACUGGAGAACCCAGAGGUGCCUCGCGAGGAGGUCAUGACUCAGCACAGAGAUGUUAUUGACCAGACUAUCAUGGAGGAGCCCAGUAUGCUGGCAGCCUCUGUAAUGGAGGGCAGCAGGACCACAUUGGAUGAAACCGUCAUGCCUCCUCCAUCCACCCCCCGUGGUGUUAAACGCAAGACUCUAGAAAAAGAGGGCACCAUUCCAAUGGCUCCUUUGGAGCAGCAGCAGCAAAUGGCAGACCGCUCAGACUUGUCACAGAGGUUAGACAUGCCUCAUGUCAGUAAUCCCCCAGACAUGAGCAAUCUCGACCUGACUCAGCUUGUCCCAGAGCUCGACCUUCUCGACGAGAAGGCAACAAACAAGAAGGACGACAUUGAUGAAGAAGAGGAGGAGGAGGGCCAGGCUGGAGACCAGGAUCAGGAGGAGAAGAGAUGGAACAAGAGAACCCAGCAGAUGCUGCACGGUCUACAGCGUGUCAUGGCGAAGACGGGUGCAGACUCAGUCAGCCUCCUGGACUUGUGCAGGAACGACAACAAAAAGCAGGCAGCUGCCAAGUUCUACAGUUUCCUCGUCCUCAAGAAGCAGCAAGCCAUCGAAGUCACUCAGACUCAGCCCUACAGCGACAUCGUUGCCACAGCUGGACCAAAAUUCCACCUCAUUUAGACAUUGGAAGAACAACACACUGCUUGCAGCAGGCUUUUUUUUUACAUAACUACUCAACUCUUUGCCUUUUUUACAUUUUUUUUUCUGUCAAACCAUGUGUUUCCUUUGGGAGGAGGGGUGGGAUGUACUUGGAAAAGGGUUGGGAACGUUUAAAACAGUUUUACUGUACUACAGCUGGAAUCAGGCAGUAUUCUUGGUUCAAGUGGGGUUAGGAAUGUUUUACAAGUUUAUUUAUAAAAUGACCCUUUUCAGCCACCAAUUUGUAAGCUUUACAUCAUAUUGUUUUCUAAGUUAAAUUUCUGUUGUCUGCUCAUAUAAUGUUUUGUAUCAGUCCCCCUCUUUCAAAUGAAAUAUUUCACAUUUGAGCUAAAAUCCCAGCUUAUCAGGUAUGUUCCUGUACUGACUCUGUUCUGGAAAGGUACUGUUUUGUUGUUCAGAAAGUGUAACCUCUCCUGUUUUCUCCCUGUUGCACUUGUUUUUUUUUUAAAUAUAAACAAAAAGGUUAAUCUGUCACUGAGUAGUUGAAACGUGUCUGGCAUUAAAUAUCAUGUUUCAGAUGUAUAAUUCAGACAGUUUAUCAAUUUUAUGUAAAUUUCUUCUUUUUUGUACCUUUUUUGGUUUGUUAAUGCUUAUUUUGCCUUUUUGCAUUAUGUAACUAGGUAAUGUUAUUUGUUACAGUUAAGUUCACUCUCCCACCUUUUUUAGACUCUGGGUAACUUCUAGUUGUGAUACAUCUGUAAAGAUUUGAAAUAAAGUGUUUUAAAUACUUG